AUCAUGGCUUUUUCCAACAUCUUCCGUCUUGUCUCUUUCCCUCUCGUUUCUGUUGGCUCUAGGGAAGGACUAGGCCACAUCAGAGUAUAUUGUAGCAGUGCUCCACCUAUUAAACCUAAAAGAGGUAGGAGGUUCCUAAAAAGAACAUUAAUAGCUCUACUCCUCGGCACUGCCGGGUACUACUCCAUCAAGGCACUGGAGAAGGCAUCCCGUCCCGUUUAUCCUAAAGAUCAGAGAAAGAAAGUGGUACUAUUGGGCUCGGGAUGGGGUGCAAUGAGCGUACUCAAUCACCUCCAGCCCGAUCAGUUUGAUAUCACCAUCGUCUCCCCUCGUAACUACUUCCUCUUUACUCCAAUCCUCCCCAGUGUCACAGUAGGCACUGUUGAAUCACGGAGCAUAGUCGAACCCGUCCGGAAACUAAUCCUUAAGUAUCACGGCUGUGACCAGGUCCAGUAUUACGAAGCGGAGUGCAUUGACGUGGAUCACAAAGGAAAGCGGAUACAUUGUCGAGACGUGUCUGGCAUUCAAGGAACCGUCUCGGAAUUUGAUCUUGAUUAUGAUAUAUUAGUGGUUUCAGUUGGAGCAGAUAAUAAUACUUUCAAUGUACCAGGAGUUAACGAGAACUGCUACUUUCUCAAGGAAAUGAACGAUGCCAGGACGAUAAGAAAUGCUGUAGUUGAUCUUGUUGAGUCGGCCUCUUUCCCAGGGCAACCCGAGGAGGAGAUGAAGCGCCUGUUACGUUUUGUUGUGGUAGGAGGAGGCCCAACCGGAGUGGAGUUUGCAUCGGAACUGAGGGACUUCUUACGUGAGGACAUACCAAAGAUAUACAGUAAUAUCAAGGAUCACUUUGAGGUGAUGCUAAUUCAAAGCGGUGAUCACAUUCUUAACACAUACGAUGAGCAGAUCAGUGAUUUCACUGAACAAAACUUCAACCGAAAUCAUCACAAUGUUGAGAUACUGACAGGAACCAGAGUGAUAGGAGUUGAACAUGAUAAAGUAAAGGUACUUGAUAAAUCAUCAGACCAGAAGAGCACUAUACCUUGUGGUAUGUGUGUCUGGUCCACUGGUGUUGCUCCUAAACAACUGACAAGACAAAUGAUGCUCAAGAUACAAAAUCAGAAGAGAGGGAAAGCUCUUUUAACUGAUGAGUAUUUGAGGGUAAAAGGAGCUGAGGGUAUUUUUGCAAUAGGAGACUGCUCUACUAUAGAACAGAACCUUAUGCUAGAGAAGGCUCAGCAACUCUUUGAAAUGGCUGAUGUUAACAAAGAUGGACAGCUCACUCUGGAUGAGUUUGUGGGCCUCAUUGAGAAAGCUAAGCAUAAGUUUCCACAGAUACAACUGUUCUUUAGUAAAGCAGAGAAAAAUGUCAAAAAACUUUUUGCUGAAAUGGACACAAGUGGAGACCAGGCCCUUGAUAUUGGUGAGUUUAAGAACCUGCUCCGUACCCUUGACCACGAACUUAAGAGUCUACCAGCAACUGCACAAGUGGCAUCACAGCAAGGGAAAUAUUUAGGUAAACUACUCAGUAAGACUAAUGCUAAUCCUGAGUUACUGAGAGAUCCCACUGAUGCACUGAAGAGCAGAGGUGUAUACCAGUUCCAUUACAGGCACUUGGGAUCAUUUGCUUAUGUUGGCGACAAUAAAGCAGUCCUGGAGGUACCAGUAUUUGGUGCAUUGAAUGGUUGGUGGGUGAUGUGGCUGUGGAGGGCAGCAUAUGCCAGUGAAUGUGCUUCAACUCGCACUAAAGUACUGCUAGUCACUGACUGGAUCAAGUCUUAUAUCUUUGGAAGAGAUACUUCAAGAAUUUAAACCAGCUGUACAAUAUACACAUUUUUAUUUUCUAUUUUUAUAAGGAGCAACUCUUUUUUAUUAGCCAUCAUAUAGGACUGCUUUUAAAUCAGUUGACAGUUUUACACUUUUCUACAAUCAAUUUUUCAAACUCAA